ACCUCUUCCGUUAAACCCUAAACCCUAAAUACCAGAAGCUUUACCAGUUUCCAACUACACGUUCGGUUUUAGCUCCGAAAGCAAAACCAAAGCCAGAAGAAGAACAAUGGAAUCAGUUGCAGACACGAACUCAGUGGACCUGAAGGUGACGGAGCUCUUGAAAGAGGUCCAGCUAGACUAUUCACCUGCAUUCACUAAGGCCGUAGACGACGCCGUUUCAGCCAUCAAAGGAGCCAUCGAUAAAAUCCCAGAAAACCUCAAGGUUACAGCUGAUGAAGCUCCCGGAUUCGUCAGAGACAUUGGUGCAGACAAGGUUGAGUUUGAGUUUAAGAAGCCGAAAUCAAUUGCAGUUGGUGGGAGUUAUGCCCUACAGUGCAUUGUAAAACCUGAGGUUAAUGUGGACCUUUUGGUCAGGUUGCCAAAGGAGUGUUUCCAUGAGAAAGACUAUUUGAAUUACCGGUACCAUGCGAAAAGGUGCCUGUACCUUUGUGUAAUUAAAAAGUUUUUGAUGUCUUCUUCAUUAAUUCAGAAGGUUGAAUGGUCCACCUUACAGAAUGAAGUCCGGAAACCUGUAUUGAUUGUCUAUCCAGGCAUGAAGCUUGUUGAAGUCCCUGAGUUUUGUAUAAGGAUAAUUCCUACAGCACCAUCCCUUUUUAGCAUUCCGAAAUUGCACUUGAAUCGCAAUAAUGUUCGUGCACUAAAUCAAGACGGCAUUCCUCAGGCGACUCCUAAGUACAAUAGUAGUAUUUUGGAAGACAUGUUUAUUGAAGAUAUGGAAGAAUUUCUCAAGAAAACUUUUCUGGGUUGGAAGGAAUUACAAGAGGCCUUAAUGUUGCUGAAGGUCUGGGCUCGUCAGAGGACACCAAUAUAUGCUUAUGAUUGCUUGAAUGGAUUUUUAAUCUCUGUCAUAUUGUCAUAUCUUGCGGAUAGAGAUCGUAUUAAGAAAUCAAUGAAGGCAAUGCAUAUACUCCGUGUAACACUGAACUUCAUUGCCACUUCAGAGCUUUGGAAACAUGGGCUCUACUUUACGCCGAAAGGCCAAAAUGCUAUUCCAAAGGAGAAAAGGUUGCCUCUUAAAGAAUCAUUUCCAGUUGUUAUAUGUAGUCCAUCUACAAACUUUAAUUUGGCCUUCCGGAUGACAAGGGUUGGAUUCCUCGAGCUCCAAGAUGAGUCUGCUUUGACACUUGAAUGCAUAAAGAAAGGUAGAGAUUGUGGAUUUGAAGAAAUUUUUGUGACUAGGGUUGACUAUCCUGCAAAAUAUGAUCACAUCAUAAGGUUGAACUUAAAGGGGAACAGUAAAGUUUAUGCGUCAGGAUUUUGCUUGGAUGAUGAAUGCUGGAGAUUGUAUGAGCAGAAGGUGCAUAAUGUUUUAAUUCAAGGAUUGAGUGACAGAGUGAAGACUGUACGUGUCACUUGGAGAAACAUGUUAUCUGAAUGCAGCAUAAAAGAUGGAUUGUCAACACUCAAUGCAGAGCCAUUGCUUAUUGGAAUUUCAGUGAGCUCUUUAGAUAAAGCUUUUAGGAUUGUUAAUAUUGGUCCAGAUGCUGAUAAUAAAGAGGAGGCUCUCAAAUUCCGCAAGUUCUGGGGGGAGAAGGCGGAGCUCAGGAGAUUUAAAGAUGGUAAAAUUGCAGAAAGCACAGUUUGGGAAAGUGAUCAAUGGAAAAGACAUAUCAUUUUAAAGAGGAUUUCUGAGUAUGUGCUUCUGCGACAUCUUUCUGUAUCAAAAGAGAAUAUAAUGCACAUAGUGGAUCAACUUGAUUUCUCGUUGCUAUAUGGCACUGAAGAUCCUAUAUCAUCUUCUGGGAGUUUGCUUGGGGCAUUUGAAAUUCUAUCAAAACAACUGCGUCUUAUUGAAGACAUUCCUUUGAAGGUUUCUACUGUGCAUCCCCUAGAUUCAGCUUUCAGGUUUUCAUCUGUCUUCCCACCUGAACCUCAUCCCCUUGCUAAUGAAAAGGGUACUUUUCUAAGACUACGUAAUCUCCCUCCUUCCUGCAUUCGUCCGCUGGAAGUUAUGAUCCAGUUGGAAGGUUCUGGAAACUGGCCAAUGGAUGAUGUUGCGAUUGAGAAAACUAAAUCUGCAUUCCUUCUCAAGAUUGGAGAGAGUCUCCAGAAUAAUUGGGGGAUGACAUGUACAGCUACUGAGGAUGAUGUGGAUGUUUUUGUCUCUGGAUAUGCCUUUCGCCUUAAAAUUUGGCAUGAGAGAGGCCUGACUUUGUUGAGACGGGAAACUGGAAAUGAUCAAGUGAAGCAGGUUUCUAAUAUGGACAGGGAACUUUAUUUUCGCAGUCAACAUUCCAGCAUGAUUAAUGGAUUACAGGGUUGUUACGCAGCAUAUGGGCCAGUUGUUAGGCUUGCAAAACGGUGGGUUGCAUCGCAUCUGUUUUCUGCUUGCUUGGUGGAGGAGGCAAUUGAGCUAUUGGUUGCAUACAUUUUUUUGAAGCCUUUACCAUUUAAUGCUCCUUCCUCACGGAUCACUGGAUUUUUAAGGUUCCUGCGAUUAUUAGUGGAUUAUGACUGGACCUUUUCUGCAUUAGUUGUUGACAUAAAUAAUGAUUUGACUCCAAAUGAUGAGAAAGAGAUAAGCGAUAACUUUAUGUCAAGUAGAAAAACUUAUGAAGAAAAUGUGCAAAGCGUAAAUCCAGCAAUGUUCUUAGCUACAGCUUACGACAAGGCAUCCGAAGCUUGGACCAGAUUCUCACCAAACUCAAUGGAGUUAAAGAGGUUGAUGGCCUAUGCUGGUAGCAGUGCAAACUUGUUGACCAAACUGAUAUCGGAGGAUCAUAAUGAUUCUUAUAGAUGGGAGUGCCUUUUUAAAACUCCUUUGAACAAUUAUGAUGCUGUGAUUCUUCUCCACGGAGAUAAAUUACCUUACCCCCAACGUCUUCUCUUCUCGUCCGAAUUAAAUCAAGGGGUGCAUGUGGCACGUGGGAAUGCGAGCAAGGUUUUUCACCCCUUUCUUUUGCCUGGUGACCUGAAUGGAAACUCAGAGGACCUAAGGAAUAAGCUAUUGGUAAACUUUGAUCCAAUGAGGUGCUUUGUUGGGGAUAUAGAGAAAGAGUACUCCAACACCUUCAAGCUAUGGUAUGAUUCUCUGGGUGGUGAUGCUGUUGGCAUAACGUGGGGGAGAUAUAGUUCAAAGAAACGGGGGCGGGAAGAAGAAGCAGAGGAAGUAAAAGAUCCAACUGAUAUAUUAAAAGAUGUCGGUAAAGUUGGAAAAGGGUUUGUCAGGGGCAUUUAUCUUCUCAAAGCCCCAAGGCUCAUUGGUUAAAUCUAUUAUAUCGUCAAUUGCUCAAAACUUAAUGGGUGACAAGAAUUUUACUUCUCAGCUGCAGCUGCUUGUUGACACGAUAAGCAACCCUCAGCUCCAUUAGUUUAACGCCGAGGGCACCCAUUUAGAUCCUUGUCGCAAUCAUAAGCUUGAUGUGCGGCUGCAGAUUGAGCGAGUUUAGAGGGUCUUUUUUGUAACAAGUGUAUCAUUAGGUUUACUGGUAAUUGCGAUGCCCAUAACAGAAAGAAGCAAAAAAGAAAAAGGACACUAUUUGUAUAGUCGUAUUUCCAGCCAUGAGAAUUUUACUAUCUGAAAUUGUAUUAUGUUACAGUGAGCAGAUUGAGAGCAGCAUUUUUGUUGAUGAGAAAUUCUUUCGAACUGUUUCAUCUUGUUACUUGAAAGUAGCUUAUGGAAUGAUAUGCUCUAUAUUGUCGAAAAGAGAACAAUUACUCA